GGGUGCAGGCAGCGGAGGAGGGUGGUUGGCAGUGCCUGGAAGCUUCGCUAUGGGAAGUUGUUUCUUUGCUCUCUCGCGCCCAGCCCUCUCCCCUUGUUCUCCGCAGCCGCUCUCGGAGGAGAGCACGGGGAGGCGCCGGUUGCAGCCGAAGCUGUCUCUCCCCGCCCGGGCGGCCGCGCCGCUGGGCAGGUGCUGAACGCCCCAAGAGCCUCCGUCGCCGCCUCCCUCCUCUGCCCAACGGCCCGGCUGCCCGGCUGCCGCAGUGCAUAUGGGGUGUUGGAGGUAGAUGGGCUCCCGGCCGGGGAGACGGCGGUGGAUGCGGCGCUGGGCAGAAGCAGCCGCCGAUUCCAGCUGCCGGAGAGCCACGCGCUCCCAGCGCCCCUGCAAGCCCCCGGCUCAGCCAUGGGCAUCUCUGCGAGCCGCAGCACGGUCCCCGACUCCUGCAGCCGCAUCGCCGGAGCCACGAUGAUCGCGAGCUUCCUCCUGCUUGGAUUCCUUAGCACCACCUCUGCUCAGCCAGAACAGAAGGCCUCAAGUCUCAUUGGCAAAUAUCACCACGUUGACCGUGCCACCGGCCAGGUGCUAACCUGUGACAAGUGUCCGGCAGGAACCUAUGUAUCUGAGCACUGUACCAACACAAGCCUGCGUGUCUGCAGCAGUUGCCCUGUGGGGACCUUUACCAGGCAUGAGAAUGGCAUAGAGAAAUGCCAUGACUGUAGUCAGCCAUGCCCAUGGCCAAUGAUUGAGAAAUUACCUUGUACUGCCUUGACUGACCGAGAAUGCACUUGCCCACCUGGCAUGUUCCAGUUUAAUGCUACCUGCGCUCCCCAUACGGUGUGUCCCGUGGGCUGGGGUGUGCGGAAGAAAGGGACGGAGACCGAGGAUGUGCGGUGUAAGCAGUGUGCUCGGGGUACCUUCUCUGAUGUGCCUUCUAGUGUGAUGAAAUGCAAAGCAUACACAGACUGUCUGGCUCAGAACCUGGUGGUGAUCAAGCCAGGCACCAAGGUGGCAGACAACGUCUGUGGCACACCCCCGACCUUCUCCAGUACAACCUCACCUUCCCCUGGCACAGCCAUCUUUUCACGCCUUGAGCACAUGGAAUCUCAUGAAGUCCCUUCCUCCACGUAUGUUUCCCAAGGCAUGAACUCAACAGAAUUCAACUCCUCUGCCUCUGUUAGACCAAAGGAACUGAGUGGCAUCCAUGAAGAGACAGUCCCCAACAACACAAGGUGGGAGGAAGGUGUGAACAAGACCCUCCCAAACCUCCAGGUCGUGGACCACCAGCAAGGCUCCCACCACAGACACAUCCUGAAGCUGCUGCCACCCAUGGAGGCCACUGGGGGCGAGAAGUCCAGCACGCCCAUCAAAAGCAUCAAGAGGGGUCAUCCCAGACAGAACCCGCACAAGCAUUUUGACAUCAAUGAGCAUCUGCCCUGGAUGAUUGUGCUUUUCCUGCUGCUGGUGCUUGUGGUGAUAGUGGUGUGCAGUAUCCGGAAAAGCUCAAGGACUCUAAAAAAGGGGCCCCGGCAGGAUCCCAGUGCCAUUGUGGAAAAGGCGGGGCUGAAGAAAUCCAUCGCCCCAACCCAGAACCGGGAGAAGUGGAUCUACUACUGCAAUGGCCACGGUAUUGACAUCCUGAAGCUGGUGGCAGCCCAGGUGGGAAGCCAGUGGAAGGACAUCUAUCAGUUCCUGUGCAAUGCCAGCGAGAGGGAGGUGGCUGCUUUCUCCAACGGGUACGCGGCGGACCAUGAGCGGGCCUACGCGGCCCUGCAGCACUGGACCAUCCGCGGCUCCGAGGCCAGCCUCGCGCAGCUCAUCAGCGCCCUGCGCCAGUACCGGCGCAACGACGUGGUAGAGAAGAUCCGUGGACUCAUGGAAGAUACCACCCAGCUGGAUGCCGACAAACUGGCUCUCCCGAUGAGCCCCAGCCCACUUAGCCCGAGCCCCAUCCCCAGCCCCAACCCGAAACUUGAGAAUUCCACCCUCCUGACCGUGGAGCCCUCCCCGCUGGAGAAGAGCAAGGGCUUCUUUGUGGACGAGUCCGAGCCCCUUCUUCGCUGCGACUCCACAUCCAGUGGCUCCUCUGCGCUGAGCAGGACGGGCUCCUUUAUUACCAAAGAAAAGAAGGACACGGUUUUGCGGCAGGUACGCCUGGACCCCUGUGACUUGCAGCCUAUUUUUGAUGACAUGCUCCACAUUCUGAAUCCUGAGGAGCUGCGUGUGAUUGAAGAGAUUCCUCAGGCUGAGGACAAGCUGGACCGGCUAUUUGAGAUUAUUGGCGUCAAGAGCCAGGAAGCCAGCCAGACCCUCCUAGACUCUGUUUAUAGCCAUCUUCCCGACCUGUUGUAGGACGCAGGGAAGACUGCACUCUGGAAGUUACUCAUCUUAGUGUCAGGGUGGUUGAUUUUCUUGUUGUUGUUGCUUUUGGUAUGUGUAUGUUUGCGCGUGUGUGUGUGUGUGUGUGUGUGUGUGUGUGUGUGUGUAUCAGAGUAAGUAUAUGGCCAGUCUUUUGAGUCCUUUCCUUUUUUUUGUCGUCCCCCCCUCCCCCCCGCCCUUCUGGGAAGUUAGUUUAUAAACCUUUUCAAGAUAUAACUGUUGCAAAAUACCCACCACUAAAGUUUUUUAGGUUCCAUAUUUUCUCUGUUUUGCCUUCUUAUGUAUUUUCCAAGUUGUUCUGCGCACUUUAUGUUCACUUCAUGUAGCACAAAUGCAUUGUGACUGCUCCAGCGCACCGGACUGUGAGCCUCUUCAGCAGUGUGAUGGCGCCCUGUGAAUUCUGUCAGCGGUCUGCGUGUCUCAACAUCCACAUCUAUGUUUUUUAUUCUUACCAUUUUUUUAUGAUUGUCACUUGCGAAUUUUCUUAAGGGUGAAGGACAUGUAAGACCCUGUCGAGUUACUGUAAUUCAAUGAGAUGUUGCGUUGUCGUUUUCAAAUGCCUUGUUGUGUUGUUCAUACUCAUGGCCGAAACUUGACCACACCGUUGCCAAUUGUCUGGUUUUCACCUGGACACCAUGUAGAAUGCUUGAUUACUUGUCCUCCUCUAAUGCGCUCUGGGCUGGAGACGUGAAAUCCUCAAGCCACCAGGACCUGCUAUUUAAGUGGCUUAACAAUUGGACCACCAAAGAACUUGAACUUCAUCUUUUUAGGGGUCAAGCUGUUUGGGAACAUAUUGCUGCACUUUGGAAGGUCACAACUGAGUGUCAGGGCACCUUUUCCACAGGGAAUUUGCCCCGCUUUGCUUUCAAGGUGUUUUUUUUUUAAUACACACGUAGUUGACAGGUCCAGUUUGCCCUGGAUCAAGGCCUUGGUCUCGGUGGGAUUCCUGCAUCAUUCAAUCACGUCAAAAGUGGCUGCAGCUGUAAGAGCUCUUGUCUGAUAUAUUUGCACCUCUGCUUCCAUUUAUAAACAUACUCUCUAAUGCUCAGUUGUCAGAUUCUAAAUCAAAGGUGAUGUGGACUCCCUUUGUGUGGGAGGGGUUUGUGGAUAGUGGUGAGGGACUGAUAUCAGAAAAAUGCCUUCAAGUGUACUAAUUUAUUAAUAAAUACUAGGUGUUUGUUACCUGA